GCAGACAAUUCCAAUGAGGAGCCCAAACACGUUUUGCUGUAAAUGACUAUGAAGGUCAAUCUUGGGACCAUAUUUUUAACCAUGUUAGGAGGUGCUUUCGGUACUUUUGAUAAAGAACUGCACGCAAAAUACCUGAAUAUGCCAAGGUCUGAAUUUGUAGAAUACUUCAACAAUCAAAACAACUCGUGGAAAAUAGGUCAGUACAGCUUGAAUAUCACCUUCACGCCGAUGGACUAUCAGGUACCACCUGAUUUCAAUAAAAAUUAUACCCUACCAUCGUUACGGUCUUUUGAAAGAAUAGACCUUCCCAUUCAAUUCGACGCAAGGAUAAAAUGGCCUCAUUGUCGAACUAUCGGCGAAAUCUACAAUCAAUUUGAUUGUGACUCAUGCUGGGCUCACGGUGCCGCUAACACCGCUUCUGAUAGGAUAUGCAUUCACGCACAUAAACAAGCAGUCCUCUCUGAACAAGAUCUGGAAUGCGCACAUCCCAACGCCACUAUUUGUCACAAAGGCUCAGCUUGGGAAGGAUUUCAGUUUUGGAAAGCUAAUGGCUUGGUUACAAGAAACUGUAAACCAUAUCAUCCUGAAAACCUGCACCAACGUAAAUGUUCUCAGAUCUGCGAGCGUGACAACAACAGACGCAGAUAUUUGGAAGAUAAACAUUAUGCUGAAAUUGUUUACCAGAUCGAUCCCCGCAACGUAAACGAAAUUAAAAAAGAAUUGUUCUUUAUGGGUCCUAUAGAGGCGACUAUAUAUAUUUAUCAGGACUUUUAUGAUUUAAAAAAUGGGUAUACAGGAGGGAUAUACGAACAUAAAUUUGGUAAACAUCUAUAUCUACAUAGUGUUCGUAUCAUUGGCUAUGGUGUUGAAAAUGGAAUCGAAUUUUGGUUAGUCGCAAACAGUUGGGGCAGGAGUUUUGGUGAAAAUGGAUUUUUUAGGAUUAAAAUUUUUCAAGAGUAUAUGUUUCGUAGUAUGAGUUCUGGGCUACCGCGGAAGGUGUAAAGGAUGAUAGGUAUAUUAGUGACUCAAAGUACUAGGUUAAUAUAAAUAAAUUAAUACUUGUAUCCUUACAUGUUUACUUUUCACUCCUACAUAAAUUGGAAUAUGUUUAAUUUUUUUUCACUUCACCUUUUGAUCAAUUAAUUCGUACAAUACCAAACACCAAAUAAUUGGUUACUUUUUAACAGGCUUUUAUUUUCCAUCAAAUAUAUUUGUAUCAUCAUUGGCCUAGCCUUUUCCCAACUAUGUUGGG